AUGAACUCCUUUCUUCGCGGCCAAAGCGUUACCAUUUUUUUCUUGUCAUUAGAACUUUACUUAGCUUACGUGGAAGGUAAGUGCUGCGAUUUUAGUUUUUUUAAGUUAAACGCUUCCAUUUAAAUAUUUUUGGAUUACUUUAUAUCAUGUCUUGGUUAUAUGAACAAAUUCUAAUUUUCACAGUAUGGAACGAGCAUGGUUUUCAUUUUCAUCCACUGCACGUGUCUUUGGCUUAUUUCUUUUGAGUCUGCCCCUUUUUGAACCAUUCUCAACUAUGAAAUAAUAUAUAGAUAUAAACAGAUUUUAAAUUCAUAUGCACCUAUUUUCAACUUAAAUAUUUUCUGUCAGAUUUCUUCUUUAGCUUAGCUGUUAAUUUAUUCUUUAAUAAACGUUGCAAUUUCUGCACAAUUGGGUUUCAACACUCUUUUAUCACAUGAAACGCUUACGUUGUGCAUGAAUGCUCUCUGAAUUUCUAAGAUAAAAAAAUAUAUAUAUUUAUUACCCAAAGGGGUUACGUACGUCACAAGGAUAUUGCUGUUUCAGGUCAUGAUCAAUUCUGUGAUGCUGAAGCCAUUACUUUGUGCUUUUUUAAAUUUGUUCAAGCUCAAAAUACUCCUAUAGACAGUUGUAUAGACUGGUUAAGAAAAUAUCAAACAAAUAGAGAGAACUAGUGUGACUUCAUGUUACCAUGGUAGCAAAAUAUUUGGAUCACAACAAUAGGGAGCUUAAGCAACAACGACGGCGACGGCAACGAGAACGGUCAAAAAGCAAUAAGUUUAGAAAGCAAAACAACAACUUUGCACCUGCAUCACGCUUUUUUGUACAUUUUUUAGCCGUCGUAGCAUGACUAUAAAAAAAACGACGUGAAACUUCUUAAUUUCACGCGUCCGCUUUAUAAACUAGGUGAACACAACACGAUUUCUUUUUCUAGCUUAAAUAAUGUCCUUUCGUAUUUAACCCCAGAAAAUUUAGCCAACAUUUGUCAAAUUAAUUGAAACUGAACGAGAUCGAUGAGGUCUGAAACAGUUUUACGUGACGUUUUCCGGUUUGUUGUCAUCCAGAAAUUUUGCUACCAUGGUAACGUGACGUAACGACUUCUCCUCUCCAUUACAGCAGGGAUCACUUGUCUAAUAACUUUCUUAGUCAUUUUUCCAUGCAUAGGUUUAAAACUUCAAAAAUCUCCUAUCACUUUCAAGUUUCAAUGUCCAUCCUUGCCAUCCGUUGCAAGAGACGACAGGAAAAAGUUUGCCUAAAACUAAAUACACAUUUUAUACCAGGUUUUAAAAGGGUAGCAGAUAGCGUGAAGUAAACCCUGUAAUUGCUUAGCAUUGAAUGAUGAAUGAUUACUGAUAAGCUUUAUUGAGGAUGCCAACUUCACUUAACUAGUGGUUUACAGGAGCGGGUCCUCUUAGACUAAAAUCAUUAACGAAAAUAACAAUUUACAUGAUAUUGAAAGUUUAAAAAAUGGUAAAAGUUUUAAAAAAAGUUACAUGAUAAAAGUUUAAAACAUGAGAUGUACAUCAAUAAAAACUAAGAAUCUAAAAUCACUUAAAUUAUAAACAUAUAUUUAAUAACAUGCAGGUAUGUAAGCUACUUUUCAAUUGAAAACCAAGCGCUUCCAAAUAAGUACCUUUCAAAAUCUGUCCUGCUCUGGAUCAGAUAUAACGCAGCUGAAAAAAUUCCGCUCAUCAAUUUCUCGUCACAUAAAAGUUGUCAUCUAUUCAGCAGAGCAACAUGAGCCCUAAGCUAAGCUCUCUCCUCUCUCCACGGCCUAGCUCUUGUAUUUUCAUACAUUUCUCCGCUGUUUGAUGUCAUUUCUGGUGCUAAAGUAAGCCAGUUUCAACAUAAACUGACUCUCUCGUUUCAGUGUACAACAACACAAACGUACAUAAAUGUUUCACGAUUAACUACCCCUUUUACCCCCUUACAACCCUAUAAAAUUAAGGAUACCAAUACAGUAUUUGCCAUCUUUGUCCCCGCUUUUUGCAACAUAUAUUUGUCCACAGCAAAUUUGAUCUAUUUUUUUGUGCAGUUUUUUGUUCAUGUGAGAAGACGGAUGUUGACUGUUUCAGGUGAAUGUCGACAACUGUCGUUUCGAGCUUCCCUCGCCUUUACAGCUAAACGUCUGCAGAACCACACAAUAAGAAUUCAGCAGGUCCCAGAUGUAAAUAGCUGCGAGCGCCUUUGUAUCUGGGAAUCUAACUGCGUCAGUAUUAAUUUCAAAGAGAAAAAUGGGAGCUGUGAGUUGAAUAAUGCAACUGAUCGGAGGUAUGGUUAUCACCUUGAGGACGAUGCUGACUACGUAUACCAUGGAGCAGAUGUAAGAGUACAUCAUAACAUUUAUAUUUAGAUUUAGAUUAGCAAAGCCAAAAACGAAGCUCUCGUGUGAACUGUGAAGAAAUGUCUUUCUGAAGUAAAGUUUUCUAAGCCUGCGAUCAGUUGAAUAGCAUAACCGGGCAGCAGAAAAAUUAAAUAAAACACGUCACCUCAAUGAAUUUUUCACCUGAACCCGCGAUACAGUCAUGUGACACUGGUCAGCAGAUACCCUAUUGUGACAGCUGCCAAUAGAUCAUAACAUGGAUGCGAGGCAUUUCACAUCCGGUAACAUGAACAAGCGGAAAUACGAACGGACGAUUUUGUCGGAACCAAAUUUCUUGGAUGCAUAGGUUGCAUGUUUACCAUUUACAAAAAGUUUCUAGAAAAUCCGGUUGGAUAAAGCAAAUGGAACAAAACGUUUUGGAUAGCUCCUGCGGACAAUAUCCAGGAGCAACGGAACACCUGAAAAGGUAAUCCUGUUUUUCGGGACGGAAUAUUCCAAAGGGAAAUUCGUGUUCCAUUUCUUAAGAGUCACCCUUGAUACCAGCUUCAAGGUCGUUUUUCAGUAAAUGGAAGUGAUUUGUACAAAUGGCGAAAGCGGUUGCGGGACGAAAUUUCCAAGUCCUGAAUUUUGCUUAUCAUUUGCCUAAACUGUGGACCGAUAAAUCGAUAAAUCACUAUCAAGUACGCCACAAGAUUCAACUGUAAAAUGUUUACUGGUAAUGCCUACACCUGGCUUCUGACGCACGUUCCUAGGAGUACGUUCCUUUGGGAUGAUCUAGAUCAGGAUCACUGAUCCGCGAUCACUCGGAUCAUGUUAGAUCAAGUGAACCAAUGAAUCCUUGUCCAGAGUGGAUUCAUCGGUUCAUUUGCAUUUGAUCUACUAUGAUCCGAGUGAUCUCGGCUCACUGAUCCUGAUCCGGAUCAUCUUAAAGGAACUUACCCUAGGACUUUGGGCUGGCAAAAACGCUUGCCAAAGCCCUGCCUGGGAGAUUUGACCUCACCCUUCCGAUUUCAACUGAAAUUGUGUAUUACUUAUUAACCAAGAGUGAGGUCAUUACAGGCAAAUCUCAGACCGCGAGGCCUUGAUGUAUUGACCGAGCGAACGCGACGGCAAUACAUCAAGACCGAGGUCUGAGAUUUCCCUGUAAUGACCAAACGGACGAGGUCAGUUAGUUGUUUAUUGUAUGGCCUUUUCUCUAUGGACUGCCUCAGUCAGCAUGCGAUCAAUUAAAACCAGCAACUGGCCAGCAGAUAACACGUCACCUUAAUGAGUUGUACACUUGAACCCGCGACACAAUCAGGUGACACUGGUCAGCGGAUGUCCUUUUUUGACAGCUGUCUGUAUGGCCAUAGGGAUGUCCACUAUUGUAUAUGCCUUGGAAACCUUGUUAGUAAUGCCCAGUCAUUACAAGAAAACAGCCAAUCAUAGCGCGCAUACUAUUGUAGUCAUGUAAAAAACUAGGAGAGACUUUUUUUGAAAAAGUGCCCCACUUAAUACCCACACUUUCUUUCCUGCAUGCAGAUCGGAUGCAGAAAUAGACAACAGCAUGUCUACUUGGCAGAUUUAGUCAACACAACAGCAAAUGUGAACAUGAUAGAGCGCUGAAAGGUGAAAUCGAAUUGCAGAGCUUUAAUUAGCGUCUCGGCCAUGGGUCAUUUCGGUUUUUAGAUCUGCGCGAGCCUAUGUCACUGUCGUCACAUUGUCUAAUUUACCAUAUCUGCCGACUGUCCUUUUUGUGGGGAGGAAAUUUUCUCAUGUCUUACCCAGACAAGUUUCGCUUUGAUUACUUGGAUUUGCUACAUUUCAUCUCAUUCACUGUUCAUUUGUUUCUUGAAAGAGUGCUUGUGACGUCAAUCCGUGCCAUAACAAGUUUACCUGCCAGUCGGGAUUUACAGACCAACGGUAUAGUUGCGUAUGUGCGCCGGGAUUUACCGGCGAAGAUUGUGGACAGGGUAAGAAUAAAUGAAUUGAAAACGAUUUUGUUUUUCUACCAUUCCUUCUAACACCAUUACCUGAAGGAUGCUGCUGAUUAAGAAUUAUUUUCAGAGCCAGCUUUGAUUUCAUUUGUUAUUGUUACUCAAAAGAAGUAAAAUAAAGCUAGGGAGUACUCUCUAUGAACCCUUACUCACAACUUUGUGAGGUCGUCAGGACGAACGAAAGCACACUCGGGGACAAUUAUUAAGGGAGUACUCUGUAUGAACCCUUGCUCACAACUUUGUGAGGUCGUCAGGACGAACGAAAGCACACUCGGGGACAAUUAAGGGGGCAGAAUAUUGCUUUCUGGAAAGAACAAAAAGAGCGCGCAUGGCCUUCCUAGUUUACUUGGCAACCGAGUUAAAGGGGAACUUAAAUACUCGUUUUCCCUUCACCUCACACACAGAUUUUAGCUACACACGCAAUUUUUUGUUUCAAGAAUACAGUUGACAAAGUACUUUUUUCAUGACAAAACAAAUGAAACAAUAAUUAUUUGUUCUUGGUUCAGAAAUAUUGUGAUUCACAGUCUGACAUGACUGUGCUUUAGGCGUUGUUUUGAGACAAUUCAGUAGGAUGGCUUGGCUGUUGUUUGCUUGGUAGCUUUAAGCGAGCAACUAAUUUUAAAUUUUGUCCUGUGUCGUUUAUUAUUAUACAGAGUCUUUUCCUUAUCUCAAAUAUUUCAAUUUGCUCAGAUAUCGACGAAUGCAGUGUCUUUCCCUCCAUCUGUGAUAUAAAUGCUAUCUGUCGGAAUAGUGAAGGAUCUUACCUGUGUUCAUGUAAGGAGGGGUUUGCUGGUGAUGGCAAGGCUUGCAAAGGUAAAGCGAAUAACCUAUAACCUAUUAAAAGUAUAAUAACCUAAAGGUGUAGUGCUACUAUAAACAAUUCUUAACUAUACGUGCGUCUAUUUAACAAUUAUUCCUCGAGCCCGAAUGGCCUCUGAGUCAAUAGCCCAUGAGGCUGAAGGCCGAAUGGGCUAUUGACUCAGAGGCCAUGAGGGCGAGAGGAAUAAUUGUUUUAGUAAAAUACAACUAGUUGGUCAAAAAUAUCGAGAAUAAAAAAAAUUUAGCUAGUUAAAGCUAGACUUUAAUCCCUUUUUGCCGCCAAAAAGCCCGCGCUUUUCGCUACUAGUGGGCUAUAACAUAUAACCUAGUAGUAGCUCAACCAAUCAGAACGCAGCAUUGAUAAUAGACCACUAGCUGGAUUUGACUAAUGAGGAAUAACUAGACUGAUUGAAUCAUACAUAUUAGAUCAAGAAUUGAGAAUAUACAGAGUUUUUUCCUGAUCACAAAUAUUUCAAUUUGCCCAGAUAUCGACGAAUGCAGUGUCUUCCCCUCCAUCUGUAAUAUAAAUGCUAUCUGUCGGAAUAGUGAAGGAUCUUACCUGUGUUCAUGUAAGGAGGGGUUUGCUGGUGAUGGCAAGGCUUGCAAAGGUAAAGCGAAUAACCUAUAACCUAUUAAAAGUAUAAUAACCUAAAGGUGUAGUGCUAUUAUAAACAAUUCUUAACUAUACGUGCGUCUAUUUAGCAAUUAUUCCUCGAGCCCGAAUGGCCUCUGAGUCAAUAGCCCAUGAGGCUGAAGGCCGAAUGGGCUAUUGACUCAGAGGCCAUAAGGGCGAGAGGAAUAAUUGUUUUAGUAAAAUACAACUAGUUGGUCAAAUAUGUCGAGAAUAAAAAAAAAUUAGCUAGUUAAAGCUAGACUUUAAUCCCUUUUUGUCGCCAAAAAGCCCCGCUUUUCGCCACUAGUGGGCUAUAACAUAUAACCUAGUAGUAGCUCAACCAAUCAGAACGCAGCAUUGAUAAUAGACCACUAGUUGAAUUUUACUAAUGAGGAAUAACUAGACUGAUUGAAUCAUACAUAUUAGAUCAAGAAUUGAGAGGAAACAUAAGGAGAGGGAAAAAUCAAUGUAGGGAUAUGGUAGAUGGGUUGAAAUGAUUUGCAAAACAUUUGAAAAGAAAACAAAACUAACUAUCUGCAAAUAUUUAAAACAUGUCUGAAAGUGUUUUGUCUGACAUCGAGACGCUCAUUGACAGAUUAUCUAAAGAAGACGAGUGGGAGUGUUUCGUUUGAUAUUCAAUCACCGAGAUUUAAAAAAAAAAACGCAGGAAAUCCCAGCACUGUGACUGCGUGUGUUCAAAAACGGAUGGCAGAAUCUAGUGAGAUAUCCAGACUCUCAGAGGUGAUAUACCAAACAGAUGAAGGAGCGUUUCGUCUGAUAUCAGGACAAAAUGAAAAGUGAAACACGAAUCACCAGUGGGAGUGUUUCAUCCAAUAUCCCGCGGCCACCAGUGGAAAUAUUCAAACACGAGUGGGAGUGUUUCAACCGAUAUCAAGACACAAUUGAAGUUAUUAAAAAGAGUCGCGACCCAUUUUUCCCGUCGAUUCUGAUGAUUCUGAAUAUUGGUUGAAACACGUCAUUUUAGCAGGCGCGUUUAUAUAUAGCUCCUCAAAUAAUCAGCUCUAUUCAAGUUUUAGAGAAAUUCAUUCUUGGAAAUUCGAAAAAUGCUAUGACGAUCAACAUUCCAUUUCUUUGUUUCUCCUCCAUGUGUUGUUAACGAGUUUCAGAGACGCCACCUAGAAUUUAUAAUGUACUGUUAAUCGUGUGUUUGAUUUUGCUGCAUUUAAAGAAUAUAAGCAGGCAUACAUUUCGUCAUAUUUUUUAAAUGCAAUAAGAUGAAAAUAAUCUGUUGCUCAUUUCCUCCAGCUUACGAAACCGUUGGAUGUUAUAAGGACACCGCAAAUCGAACAAUCUCAAGUCUAGAAGGACAGGACCCAAUUUUAGAUGGACCAUUCACGGAACGAGAAAACCCCAUUUCCAAAUGCGCGUCCGCUGCCAUCAAAGCGGGUUUCAUUAUUUUUGCAAUUCAGGAUGGUGGUCAGUGUCUCUCAAGUGCCACAGCACCGCAAACGUUUGACAAAUAUGGAGAAUCAAAUGAUUGUCAGUCUGAUGGGGAAGGAGGAGUGAUGGCCAAUCACGUUUAUUACAUCAAAGGUACGAUAUAAUGGUCGUAGAAUAAAAAAAAAAAUACUGCUCCGGGGAGGAGCAUUGCCAACUAUGGGCUACAUAGGUUUAUUGCUCAUCCAAAAUAUUUCACCGUCUCUGAUUCGCUCCAAUCUUCCGGCCAUUUUUUCAUAAGCAACUGGCAGUUAUCAUAUUUGGAAGAUGUGAGCAAUGUAUCAUCGAUGCGAUGGUAUAUUUAGGUUGUUCGAUGGUAUAUUUGCCUGAAAUCGAGGCUGCUUAAGUGACAGCAAAUUAAUAAACGGCGUUCUCGGCUUUCCAAAAAACUAAGGACUAAGUUUUCAACAUAGUGUACGAGGAUUUAUGCUCACUUUACUAGAACUAAGAAAUAUUUAGAAUGAAUAAUAAAACAAUUAUUGAAUUGGGCUUUCGUAUGAUGUGAAGAAUUAUGCUGAUCUCGGAGGCUGUUAUCCACCUCGGCCAAAAACAUUCUUCUCGACCUGCAUAAUUAUUCACAUGAACCUCAGCGUCAUGCAAUAAUGAUGUUUAAUGUACCGCUCUGAGGGUUGUGGUUUCAAGCGGUUUAGUCUUGGAUAGGGUCAUAGAAUUCAGGGCGUUUUGGUCUAGAACUGGGUAUCAUUUUCCAGGAAACUGAACAAAUGGUUGAUGAUUUUAGUCUGGACUUGAGAAACUGCGAAUUGACACCUAAAACAUGAAAUCCGAAAAUUCAAAUUUGCUGACAACUCAGUUUAAUAGCAAAAGCGUCGACUUUGGUAUUGUCUGGAAAUAGCGACUCAAGGAUGGGAAGGAUUUUGGGAGUUUUAAUAGUCAGGUAUAGUGUAACCAAAAUCAGCUAAACUUAAUCUGGUAAGACUCAAGAGAGGAUCUCUUGAUCUGCUAUAGACUAUAAGGGUUCCACGGUCUUAGUAGUAUAUCCCCGAUCUAAAGUAGCACCUUAGGAUUUGCAGACUGCAACAAUCAUCUUACGGAAUGAAGCAGUUGAGAGAAUUUCGCGACACAACCAGAGUCGCACUGAACAAUAGAAAUCGCGGGAUAGUCGGUGGGAAACAAGAUCUCAAACAUACUGCAGAAGCUAAUCGUCAAACGUUGGAUAGCGAUUUCCACCUGGAAAAUUGCUAUUCGGUUGAUGAGUAUUACGAGAACCAAUUGUGGGCUAUCCUUUGGAUAGUAAUUUAUCCAUUGGAUAGCACUUUCCACCUUUUUGACCGCAACUGGGACCAGAUGUCUUUCUGUAUAACGGCAAAAGUUUUGCUUACCGUAUUUAUUCGAUUAACUGCCCUGGGCGCUUAUUAAAUUUUUGGGCCUUGAGAGUGGGCGCUUAUUCAAGGCUGGGCGCUUAUUAAAUUUUCACCAUUUUCAUCAAGUGUAGUUUGUUUAUUUUGCAACAAAACCAUAAAUGGUAAUAACGAAACGCGAAGAUGUAACAAAGCAAGGUUACUGUGAAGUGGCCAAUUAAAUGAAACCUGAACACGAGUGGACGGGGCUUAAUUACGCGGGAUGACGUAGUCAGCCAGCGUCAUAAAUUCGGUUAUGCAUUCCUUUCGUAUUGUUUGGUAAUUAACUAGUACCAACGCAAUUUCCAUUUUUCAGAAUAUGAUAACGUUGGAUGUUACGACGAUACCAGCGAUCGAGCAAUUCCAUCCCUGGAGGGGAUGGAUUCUAUUUUGGACGGAGAGUUCCACGUUAGAAAAAAUGCUAUUGCCAAGUGUGCGGUUGCUGCAAUAAGAGCAGGUUACAGUAUGUUUGGUGUUCAGGCUGGCGGCUGGUGUGCAUCCAGUGCUUCAGCUCCACAGACUUUUGACAAAUAUGGGCAAUCUAACGACUGUGGAGCUGAUGGCGAAGGUGGACCUUGGGCCAAUCACGUUUAUUACAUCGAAGGUACGAUAUAAUGGUCGUAGAAAAAAAAAUACCGCUCCGGGGAGGAGCAUUGCCAACUAUGGGCUACAUAGGUUUAUUGUUCAUCCAAAAUAUUUCACCGUCUCUGAUUGGCUCCAAUCUUCCGGCCAUUUUUUCAUAAGCAAAUGGCAGUUAUCAUUUUUGGAAGAUGUGAGCAAUGUAUCAUCGAUGCGAUGGUAUAUUUAGGUUGUUCGAUCGUAUAUUAGCCUGAAAUCGAGGCUGCUUAAGUGACAGUAAAUUAAUAAACGGCGUUCUCGGCUUUCCAAAAAACUAAAGACUAAGUUUUCAACAUAGUGUACGAGAAUUUAUGCUCACUUUACUAGAACUAAGAAAUAUUUUGAAUGAAUAAUAAAACAAUUAUUGAAUUGGGCUUUCGUAUGAUGUUAAGAAUUAUGCUGAUCUCGGAGGCUGUUAUCCACCUCGGCCAAAAACAUUCUUCUCGACCUGCAUAAUUAUUCACAUGAGCCUCAGCGUCAUGCAAUAAUGAUGUUUAAUGUACCGCUCUGAGGGUUGUGGUUUCAAGCGGUUUAGUCUUGGAUAGGGUCAUAGAAUUCAGGGCGUUUUGGUCUAGAACUGGGUAUCAUUUUCCAGGAAACUGAACAAAUGGUUGAUAACUUUAGUCUGGACUUGGGAAACUGCGAAUUGACACCUAAAACAUGAAAUCCGAAAAUUCAAAUUUGCUGACAACUCAGUUUAAUAGCAAAAGCGUCGACUUUGGUAUUGUCUGGAAAUAGCGACUCAAGGAUGGGAAGGAUUUUGGGAGUUUUAAUAGUCAGGUAUAGUGUAACCAAAAUCAGCUAAACUUAAUCUGGUAAGACUCAAGAGAGGAUCUCUUGAUCUGCUAUAGACUAUAAGGGUUCCACGGUCUUAGUAGUAUAUCCCCGAUCUAAAGUAGCACCUUAGGAUUUGCAGACUGCAACAAUCAUCUUACGGAAUGAAGCAGUUGAGAGAAUUUCGCGACACAACCAGAGUCGCACUGAACAAUAGAAAUCGCGGGAUAGUCGGUGGGAAACAAGAUCUCAAACAUACUGCAGAAGCUGAUCGUCAAACGUUGGAUAGCGAUUUCCACCUGGAAAAUUGCUAUUCGGUUGAUGAGUAUUACGAGAACCAAUUGUGCGCUAUCCUUUGGAUAGUAAUUUAUCCAUUGGAUAGCACUUUCCACCUUUUUGACCGCAACUGGGACCAGAUGUCUUUCUGUAUAACGGCAAAAGUUUUGCUUACCGUAUUUAUUCGAUUAACCGCCCUGGGCGCUUAUUAAAUUUUUGGGCCUUGAGAGUGGGCGCUUAUUCAAGGCUGGGCGCUUAUUAAAUUUUCACCAUUUUCAUCAAGUGUAGUUUGUUUAUUUUGCAACAAAACCAUAAAUGGUAAUAACGAAACGCGAAGAUGUAACAAAGCAAGGUUUCUGUGAAGUGGCGAGUUAAAUGAAACAUGAACACGAGUGGACGGGGCUUAAUUACGCGGGAUGACGUAGUCAGCCAGCGUCAUAAAUUCGGUUAUGCAUUCCUUUCGUAUUGUUUGGUAAUUAACUAGUACCAACGCAAUUUCCAUUUUUCAGGAUAUGAUAGCGUUGGAUGUUACAACGAUACCAGCGAUCGAGCAAUUCCAUCCCUGGAGGGGAUGGAUCCUAUUUUGGACGGAGAGUUCCACGUUAGAAAAAAUGCUAUUGCCAAGUGUGCGGUUGCUGCAAUAAGAGCAGGUUACAGUAUGUUUGGUGUUCAGGCUGGCGGCUGGUGUGCAUCCAAUGCUUCAGCUCCACAGACUUUUGACAAAUAUGGGCAAUCUAACGACUGUGGAGCUGAUGGCGAAGGUGGGCCUUGGGCCAAUCACGUUUAUUACAUCAAAGGUACGAUAUAAUGGUCAUAGAAAAAAAAAAUACCGCUCCGGGGAGGAGCAUUGCCAACUAUGGGCUACAUAGGUUUAUUGUUCAUCCAAAAUAUUUCACCGUCUCUGAUUGGCUCCAAUCUUCCGGCCAUUUUUUCAUAAGCAACUGGCAGUUAUCAUAUUUGGAAGAUGUGAGCAAUGUAUCAUCGAUGCGAUGGUAUAUUUAGGUUGUUCGAUGGUAUAUUUGCCUGAAAUCGAGGCUGCUUAAGUGACAGCAAAUUAAUAAACGGCGUUCUCGGCUUUCCCAAAAAAGUAAAGACUAAGUUUUCAACAAAGUGUACGAGGAUUUAUGCUCACUUUACUAGAACUAAGAAAUAUUUUGAAUGAAUAAUAAAAGAAUUAUUGAAUUGGGCUUUCGUAUGAUGCGAAGAAUUAUGCUGAUCUCGGAGGCUGUUAUCCACCUCGGCCAAAAACAUUCUUCUCGACCUGCAUAAUUAUUCACAUGAACCAUUCAGCGUCAUGCAAUAAUGAUGUUUAAUGCACCACUCUGAGGGUUGUGGUUUGAAGCAGUUUAGUCUUGGAUAGGGUCAUAGAAUUCAGGGCGUUUUGGUCUAGAACUGGGUAUCAUUUUCCAGGAAACUGAACAAAUGGUUGAUGAUUUUAGUCUGGACUUGAGAAACUGCGAAUUGACACCUAAAACAUGAAAUCCGAAAAUUCAAAUUUGCUGAUAACUUAGUUUAAUAGCAAAAGCGUCGACUUUGGUAUUGUCUGGAAAUAGCGACUAAAGGAUGGGAAGGAUUUUGGGAGUUUUAAUAGUCAGAUAUAGUGUAACAAAAGUCAGCUAAACUAAAUCUGGUAAGAGUCAAGAGAGGAUCUCUUGAUCUGCUAUAGACUAUAAGGGUUCCACGGUCUUAGUAGUAUAUCCCCGAUCUAAAGUAGCACCUUAGGAUUUGCAGACUGCAACAAUCAUCUUACGGAAUGAAGCAGUUGAGAGAAUUUUGCGACACAACCAGAGUCGCACUGAACAAUAGAAAUCGCGGGAUAGUAGGUGGGAAACAAGAUCUCAAACAUACUGCAGAAGCUGAUCGUCAAGCGGUUGGAUAGCGAUUUCCAUCUGGAAAAUUGCUAUUCGGUGGAUGAGUAUUACGAGAACCAAUUGUGGGCUAUCCUUUGGAUAGUAAUUUAUCCAUUGGAUAGUACUUUCCACCUUUUUGACCGCAACUGGGACCAGAUGUCUUUCUGUAUAACGGCAAAAGUUUUGUUUACCGUAUUUAUUCGAUUAAAAGCCCUGGGCGCUUAUUAAAUUUUUGGGCCUUGAGAGUGGGCGCUUAUUCGAGGCUGGGCGCUUAUUAAAUUUUCACCAUUUUCAACAAGUGUAGUUUGUUUAUUUUGCAACAAAACCAUAAAUGGUAAUAACGAAACGCGAAGAUGUAACAAAGCAAGGUUUCUGUGAAGUGGCGAAUUAAAUAAAGCCUGAACACGAGUGGACGGGGCUUAAUUACGCGGGAUCUCGUAGUCAGCCAGCGUCAUAAAUUCGGUUGCGCAUUCCUUUCGUAUUCUUUGGUUAUUAACUAGUACCAACGCAAUUUCCAUUUUUCAGGAUAUGAUAGCGUUGGAUGUUACAACGAUACCAGCGAUCGAGCAAUUCCACCCCUGGAGGGGAUGGAUCCUAUUUUGGACAGAUUUUACACAGAUCGAAAAAAUGCUAUUGCCAAGUGUGCGGUAGCUGCAAUAAGAGCAGGUUACAGUAUGUUUGGUGUUCAGAAUGGCGGAUGGUGUGCAUCCAGUGCUUCAGCUCCACAGACAUUUGACAAAUAUGGGGAAUCUAACGACUGUCAAGCUGAUGGCGAAGGCGGACCUUUUGCCAAUCAUGUUUAUACUAUAAUAUAGAGCACCUCUAUGGAGACCAAGUCGCUUUCGUCGCGUGUUUUUCCCCAUUAUACUACUACAUGAGAAAUUUCUGCAAUUUGAUUGGCUUAGAGCAGUGGUAUUUCAGCUUAAUUUGAAAUACCUACAUGUGAAAAUUACAAAACCUUUGCGGGUAGUAGUAUAAACAAAUAAUAGCAUGAUUUGUACGUGAUAUUUGGCAUAAAUACCACUCGUGAUAUUUCAAAAUUGUCUCAAAUUUCACUCGCCUGACGCCUCGUGAAGUUACGUAUAACAAUUUCGAAAUAUCACGCGUGGUAUUUAUGCCAAAUAUCACUACAAAUCAUGCUAUUACCUAUACUAAUAGAGACCUUUAGAUUUGAGGAUUAGGACGAUUACGAGUACGAGAUGUGACUUAAAGUUUUUUCGCGUAUUCUCAAAAUAUAUAUAGACUUCCCGGAAAGCUUUAGUUUACCAUAUUUCGCUCGAAAAGUUAGCACUGUUAUCUUAAGUGAAGGAGGUUACGCGCUUUCUCGAUCGCAAAAUGAUAAAACUUCUAACAUUUGAUAACUCGUCUCCGCCAUUAAGACAUUCUCGCUAAAACUCGUAGUAGAAUGACGACGGCUACCACGUUUUCCCGCCAAAAUGACGCUAGCGCGAGCACUACUUAGUAUUGAGAAAAUCUCGUACUCGUAGUCGUACUCGUCUUAGAAUCUAAAGCUCUCUAAUGUAAGGGAACCCGGAUUCCGGAAUUCGGGAAAAUUUUGCUUGUGGAAUUCAGAAUCCUGGAUUUUGGAAUCCGGAAUCCCAUCAACGAUUGGAAUCCGGAAUCCAAGUUCCACUGACAAAGGAACCGGAAUCCAUGACGUGUAGUCUAUGCCAGAAUCCAAGACUGCCUUGGUCGAUUGCCUUACGUGCUCAUGGGGCGAGUUUUCCAUCAAAUCGUCUGGUUUUCAACGAAAUUGUCGCUUAUCAAGAGCAAGCUUGAGCAACCACGGCGAUGACGAAGGAAACGAGAAAAUACCGUAAAAUUCCGAAAAUAAGCCCCGGGGCUUACCUUUUUCAAAGGCCCUUUUUAAGGGGCUUAUUUAUCGAGGGGCUUAUAUUUGGAGGGGCUUAUCUACGGAGGGAAAUCGAUUGGGGUAGCCUUAUAGUUGAAGGCUGAGUUGAAGGUAAAUUUACCGUUUUUGCUUUGUUUUACUUUGUAUUUGAGGGCAAUUUUCCAAGUACGAGCCCCCCGGGGGGGGGGGGGGGGGGGGGGGGGUUAUAUUUGGUGAGACGAUUUAACGGUUGCGUUACCGGUUUGGGGGGCUUAUUUUCGGAAUUUUACGGUAAUAGUAGUAAUAAUAAUAAUAAUAACCUGUCGUAGUUAACACUACAGCUGCCCCCGCUCUGUAUAUUGUCGGUCAAUAGCAUUCUUGCUCGUUGUGUGUCCGUGAGAUAAAUACCGGAAAUAAAUAUAAAUAUAGGUGAGAUAAAUACAGGAAAUAAACGCAAGGUUCCAUGCACAGUUUCGGUUCAAUUUACACAGCUUUGAUCAAAACAUUCUCAGUUUCGAGAAUAGUUUAUUCUAAACCAUAAGAAAAGAUUUGAUUAGAAGUUUAAUUUUUCGUUAUUUCUAUUUCACUUUUUACGUUAAGUUCAUUUUAUUUGCUGGAAAGUAAGCCUUAGAAAUUAGAAGGACGUUUGAUCAAUUCACGCUCGCGCAUUCUAGUCUUAUUUUAAAGUUAUAUAGUGGAAGGACAUCUGUGAGCAGGGAAUAAGUCAGCACAGAAUUUGAUGGUCGGCGAAUUUCUGUAAUCAUCCAUCGUUCUGCUAGUGAUAAGCUAGCCGUUGAAUCGUUCACUCGUCUUGCUUGUUUGGGGCCGAGUCUUAUUCCGGUCAAAGAAAGAGGAAGAGUGUCUGGCAAGGUUUCCAAUCAAAGAUUUGUGACCUCGUGUCUGGCAAACUCACUUUGUGUUAAAAUAUACACUGUUAUACGCACAUUAGUCACCUUAUAACUUCAUCUGCGCUUAACGAGUGUCUUUUGGUCCAUAACUUUCAUAACAACUCCUGCACAGAAUGUCACUGAUAACACGUAACGCAAAAGAGUAUCGAAGUAUGACUGCACAAUAGACUGCAAAACAGUCCGCAUUUUUGCGUCUUCAAGUACGCGCGAGCAGUCAAACAAAAGGUCUGGAACGAGGCUGAAAACAGAGACGCUCACAAGCCUUACGGGUCUGUGAGGCUCGCGCGCUUCGCGCGUGUAAGACUGUUACGCCACGCUUUACCGAUUUCUUUACUGAUUUUGAGAAAAAAAAAACGACUGUUUUGCAGUCUAACAAUUAAUGUCACAAAAUCUACCUAUUGUAAGCGGUCCCUUCGGGAUUUUUUGUGUUUUACGUCAUCCUAACCAUUUCGUACUUGCGGGCGGAAACAAUAGAAACGUCAUCAUUACCUACCGAUUCCUCGCGGCCCCUGUUCAAGCAAAUCGAGAUUUUUUCUAUAUUGACUUUAUGACUGUAUAUUUCAACUGUAAGUACUUUCCUUAAUAUACGCGCGAGUUACUAGAGUGCAUCCUCGGGAUUUCGCCUUCUGGGCGAAAUCCCUGCGGGGGCAAUAAUAAUAAUAAUAAUAAUAAUAAUAAUAAUAAUAAUAAUAAUAAUAAUGAUUCAGUGAAUUCCACCUGCAAACUUAUUGAUAUGACUGUUCCAUCAGAUAGAAACAUCGCACUCAAGGAAACUGAAAAAAAAUGCAUGUACAAAGACCUAGAACUAGAAAUACAGAGAAUGUGGCAUAUGAAAACCGUAGUGAACCCUGUGGUUGUUGGUGCGCUUGGUACAGUGAAGAAGGGUAUGGUAGAAAACAUCAAGAAAGUAUCAGAAAGAGCUAAUAUGACAAAGAUUCAAAAGAUCUGCAUGCUGGGAUCUGCACGAAUCCUCAGAAAGGUGCUCAGUGUAUGAACAGAAUGAUUGACUUGAGUGACUGACGCUCUAGGUGCAUGGUUUGCGCCCGGCUGAUGCACAAAAAGAACACCAGCAAAGACUGUGAUAAUAGAGACAAUAAUAAUAAUAAUAAUAAUAAUAAUAAUAAUGUGAUAUUAUUAUAAAUAUGUUUUUAGUAGAGAUAGCGAAGGUUUUACAGAGUAUCAGACUUUAAUAAUAUUCUAAAUUGGCUUUUUAAGUAGAGAGAUUUAUGUCACUAUGUAUAAGCUUUUAGUAGAGAUAGCGAAGGUUUUACAGAGUAUCAGAAUUUAAUAACAUUCUAAAUUGGCUUUUUAAGUAGAGAGAUUCAUAUCACUAUGUCUUUUAGGAUUGUAUUAGGUUUCGUAUCGACCCUUUUUUACUUCUAAGUAUAGCUUCUCAAGUGGUGUAGGUUACGCUAUGCGCCUUAUACUACUCAUAAUGUGGACAGCAUUCCAAAGUUUCAUACUGCGACAUAAUAAUAAUAAAACAGGUUAAAUAAGCGAAACAAAGACUCUGAAAGUGCGCACAUUUUUUGACAGAUUUCUUUGCCAUCAUUGCACUACUAUCGUUGUCAUACUUGAUCUGAAUAGCAAUGCGAUCGUCGCGUUAAUUUUUAAGAUCGUCCUUUAACCAAUAGCGAUCGUCGCGACUUUGAUUUCGUCGGAAUAAAGAGCCUUCAUAUAAAAGACGCAAGAAUAGAAUGUCUUCCGGCUCCCGGUCGGUUCAAAAGACUAGUUUUAUAGUACGUACGGUCCACCGGAUAAUUCACUAUAUAUCCGCUUGAUAUACGUAUUAGGGAAACCAAUUGUGUUAUCCACUAGACAGAGGUUUAUCUAGUGGAUAGCGCACCCGGGUAAAGAUCAGUAGAGAAUGAUUUGUUAACGUUCCGCAAUAAAGAGAAAUUAUAUAAUAGACUACUCAUUAAAAUAGCUUGUAAAAACUCUUGAUGAUCAAGUUGAUAAAACAGUUACUACAUAGUUGAUUCCAAAUCAGUACAAAAAAAUUAUCAAUCAACACAAAAUUGUGUACAAAUUGUAUCACUUAAUUAAAUUCCAUUUUACCGAUACAAAAACAACCCGAAAAAGAAUGAUUAAAGAGUAAGGAAUUUCAGAGUAUUCGAAUAUUAUAUUUUGACACUUUUCCCCUCCCCCCUUAUUUUAUAAGCUUUUUUAGAUCUACUCAAUACCAGGGUGAUUUCGUAAUUCGUGCUUUUUAAAUACCCCCCGCCCCUUUUUUUCUAUUGACACAACAGAGUGUGUAACCGCGAGCGACCUCUGGACUCUCUUUUAAUCAGGCUAAUCACAUAAGCACAAGACAAGAAAAAAUAAACGGAUAUUUUUUGUAUGAGCUUUGAGAGAGGUUUUAUUAGUACUUACGAUAAAAUCUCUUCCUGGCUUGGUUCAGUUGACUUGCGAUACAGCAGUAAAUUUAUAAUCAAUGAGUACAUUAAAGCGAGAAAAUUCAUGUUCUCUUAUAUCGAGGAUCAUCGGUCUGCUAUUCAAUGACCACUGCUUUGCAUAUAGGAUUGUCUGGAUUUUGAGGGUAUUUCUUUGACCAGUAAAUGUAAUGCACCCAGACAUUCAUCUUAGUGAACUUUGCUCGCUAGAAGUCAAAAAAAAAAAGUGAGGGUCACAUGCACCUUAGAGCAAGGAACAAACAAACAAACAAUAAUAAUAAUUUAAUAGUAAUAAUUAUAAAUAAUUAUAAUAGUUAUUAAUUGUUAUUUUCAUCAACACAUAAUAGGAUAAAUCAUAAGAAGAUAUCUUAAAGUCAUCAAAUAACGUUUCUGUUAGGCGGCAUUUCCUUGUUUGAACAGAAAGUAAAAUUACUUAAUAGAUAAAUGAGGCACUGAAGAAUGGGCGGUCAAUUGCUGUUAUAAUAACUAAUAAGUAAUAACAAUAAUAAUAAUAAUAAUAAUAAUAAUGAUAACAAUAAUAAUAAUUAAGAAGAAGAAUGUUAAUGAUAAGAUAAUAAUAACAAGUAGGGGAGGGGUAGGUGGGUAGUUUCCCAGAAACUUACAUUGAUCCAGGUACGUCACUUUGAAUUCAUUUACCAUGAUCGUGCAUGGUGCUCGAGGAAACGUGGAGCAUUGAGUGGCAGGGGUUUUGUUCUUUCUCUGUUAUAGCUCUUAGGCCAGUAAUAAGUAAUCUGAAUUUGUUUUUUUCGAGAAAAGUAAGAAUAUACGUUUUCGGAGUCGGAGUCUCAAAAUGGCCUCAUGUUCAACCCGAAUUUCGUUAACAUUAACUAUCCUCGUGUUCGCCGGGUUUGCAAACAAAGCCGCACGGAGAAAUUUAGACGUCACUUAACAUCAACAGAACAACUCUUUUUCUUUCACCUGACACUUUCGUGCAACUUGCGCGAGACUCGUAAAACUGAAACUUACAUCCAGAUCUUUGCAGUUGGUGUCUCGCAUCUUGGUGUCUGUACAUGGCAAAGUUUUGUUGAUAGGUAUUUCCAAAUCGUAAAAUCCAGAGGGACUCGUGCAUUCGUCCUUCCCCAUCAUCAAGCCAUUAACUCCUGGACCGUUCAGUGGGUGGCUGCACAUUGGUUCAAACCGUUUGUCGUCUUCGUCCACGCAAUAAUGAGCCUCUGAAAAACGAUUUUGGUUUUUUAAGUAGUGAUCUAGCCUGGGUAACCGUCGAGAUUAGCGGGCCAAUGCUUUUUUUUGACGGUGGAGCCGAGAGAAGAUUGGGGGAACAAGUCAACGGCUCCAUCGCCAAGGAAGUAACCCCGCGCAUGAUAAUAGGGGCUUUAAGAAACCUCUACUACGGCGGUCGUGGAUGCAGAGACCUGGGGAGAGUACAUCACCCUCGUCCGCCAAAUUUCAGCUUUAAGCAGGUGGCACCCAAACAGUGACUACGGGGUUUCUCGCUCAUUUGCUUUCGCUGCUAGUAAAACGCAUGGAAGAUGUAAUUAGUAAACUGGAAAGCCAAAAGCAUCAAAUGUUUUCUUGAUAAAGAGAAAACAAUCUAUGAAAGGUUUUAAAACCAGUGUUACUUAUUAUAAUCAUUAUUAUUAUUUACUACCUUUACUCACUUGUAAAACCACUUAGAUAUUAUUGUUUUACUUUCUUAACACUUAAUCACAACUCCAACAUGGCCGCUCCACGCAAGGGCUAACCUGCUUAGCAUAAUGUACACGUGACGCCUAACACGUGACCUAUACCUUGAUAAUUACUAGUUACUUACUGCAUUUGCCAGGUUCCUCUUUAGUCUCUGCACUUCGUUCCAUUACUGAUUUGAAAACGAUCAAAUUUGAGGUCUCUAAAAUUCGUUAUUGGCUGUUGAUAUUGCUUGAUCUGGCUAUCACCCGGAAGACUUGACAAAACAGUUGUUAGUGAAUGUUUAUAACAGCUUCAAAAAUGCUUGAAAUAAGAAGCAAAAAUAACCAGGGCUGAUGCUCUGCGCCUGUGCCAAUUUUAACCUGAAGUAUGCAUCGGUCCUGCCACAUAUUAAUGGCAGCCAAUUUAUACUGAAGCUCGAUCGUCACAAGCUAGUUAAUAUUAAACAUUGAAUAGUUGCAAAUCUUGCAACCCAACAAGAACUCACGGAGAAAGUGUUCCAGACUAUUCCCCACCCUUUGUACCACUGUUGGGUCUCUACCUGUCGCCCCAUGUAAAGGAAUCCAGCACAGUCUUGGAUUGUGGAUUCCACAUUCCAGGUACUGCAUUCCAGUGUUUGUCAGUGGAACUUGGAUUCUGGAUUAAGUGGGAUUCCGGAUUCGUUGAGCUGAUUCCGGACUCCGUAGCCUAG